AUGACGGCUCGUCUAAAAAAUCAUAUGCUUAAUAAGCAUGCAUUACUCCUACUUCCUACUCAUUUUCAUCUUCGAUCUAAGUCAACUGAUAGCUAUAUUCCCCACUUUGCGAUGACUUUAAAUAUGCCAGAAUCUAAAAGCGAGAUUCGUGCAAAAAUAGAAUGUUUCUGGGAUGGUGCUUUGAAAGAUAUAUGCGAUAAUACAAAGAUCCAUGAUGAUGAUGUGAAGUGCUGUCAUGAUGAAUGCGUGGAUCGUGAUACAAGAACUAUCAAAGUGCCAAAAUCUAAGUUUGUUAAGAAAUAUAAGAAUCGUGUCCGUCAUAGAUUUCAUGAUAAUGAUGCAAAAAAAUUAGAAAUUAUUCAGAGAGAGAUUGAGGAUCUGACUUUGGACUUCAAUGAAGAUUGUAUUUAUAAAGCUUGUCCUAACAUUAUGGAAAUGUUAACUAACACCAACUUGCCAAGUGCUAAGGAAUUCCUUCGUGGGAAGUAUCUUAUGGAUAAAGAGUCUCCCGGCAGACUUACCAUUUAUGCAGAAAAUCGAAAUCCCGGCGCCUCUGAGCUUUCCGCCGAAGAAAAGAAGAAUCUAAGAAGUGUACUAUCUGAUAGUGAUAAGUUGUUGUUGGUAGAGUUAGGAGAGCACUCCAUUGAGUGCCUACUGGUUCACACCCUAGGCCAUCUGUUUAACCUUGAGAAUGUAGUCAGUCUUGCUAGUUUGGUUGAUCGUAUAGAAAGCAAUGUAAGGGUUUAUGCCACAACAUUGCGUAAUAAUAGGAUAUGUAAGCAAAGUAAUGAUGAUGAUGCGGUUGAUGAAGGUACUAAAGCAGCUAAAGCAGCUAAAACUAUAUCUUAUCCCUUUGGGACAGCAUUAGUUGAAUUUUUAGUGAGUCGUGGUCUAUUGCGCUUGGUAACACAUAAUGAUGAUUUAUUCAAUUUAAAUUCUGAGAGUAGUCCAAAGACAGUUGUCAAAAAGGUUGUCAAAAAGGGCCAUAAUUACUAUAGGAGCUCUUUUGUAUAUGCCGAAUGCCUCUUUGACCCCGCAUUACUUCCUAUAAAGUUAAACCUACCUAUGGUCUAUCCUCCAAAAGAUUGGGAGCUCCACACACCUGAACAGAACCGAAAGUGGUUGAAUAUUUCAGAUAUCUAUGGUGGUUAUUUAAGCAACCCAACGGGCCAAAUCUACAGCACUCAGCGGAGUAUGAGUUCUCCCGAUGCGAAGAAUUUCUUCAUCUAUUUCGGAAAAAAUAGGGAUGUAGAUAGUCAUAAUAAGGUAAAUAUGUUUUGUACUAGCAUCAGUAGCUUACAGCGUCAAGCAUUUAAAAUUAAUAGUAUAUUCCUUAAAAGUAUAUUAGAAAAUAGGGAAUUGUUUGAAGAAAGCGGCUACUUGAUGCCUGAAUAUCUAUCCAAGGUAAUACUUCACCAUGCCUCCGGGAUACUUAGAAAUCAUUUUGAUAAGAAUAAGGAUAUUCAAACAAUAUACAAAUUUAGUGAAGUGUACGCUCUAUUGAUAAAGAAUAUGCAGCGGGCACGUUAUGAGUGUACGAUUUUAGAUCUGGCAAGGGCCUACUCUGGAUAUUCUAUCUGUUUUCCGGCAUUUAUUGACUUCAGAGGUCGAAUCUAUCGCAGCGGCAUCUUUCACUUCCACGAGCGGGAUUUAGCCCGAAGUCUACUAUUAAUAGAUUGUAAAGAAAAUCAACAAGAUAAAUCAUCAAUUGAAGAAUAUAUGUUUCAGUAUCUAACCGCAACUAUGUUCCUCUAUGAUUCAUAUAAAAGUAGGAAGGAUGCUCUAAACGAUGUGGGCAAUAAACUCUUUAAUAUGGAGAAAAUUGGGGAUUUGAGUUUAAAAAGUCUCGUGACGCCGUUCGCCCCACACUGA